UUCCAUUAAAUAAAUAAUAGUGUAUAGCAGUUGCAGUGGAAAAAUGUGAACCGGGAACAAAGGAAAGCAAAGAAUCGAAAUGGAAAAGCAAGAUGGAAACAGAGUGGUGAUCCUAGGAGGCGGUGUUGCUGGUUCUCUCGUUGCUAAAUCUCUUCAAUUCCAUGCCCAUGUCACUCUCAUUGAUCCGAAGGAAUAUUUUGAGAUUCCUUGGGCAAGCUUGAGGGCAAAGGUUGAGCCAUCCUUUGCAGAGAGGUUGGUGAUCAACCAUAGAGAUUACCUCACCAGUGGUGACAUUGUUAUAUCCAGUGCUGUGAAUUUGACCGAAACCGAAGUGUUGACCGCAGAUGGCCGUCGGAUUGUCUAUGACUAUCUUGUUAUUGCCACUGGCCAUGCAGAUAAUGUCCCCAAAAGUAGGAGUGAAAGACUUAAUGAGUACAUAGAAGAAAAUCAAAAGAUAAAAUCUGCUCACUCCAUUCUGAUUGUUGGAGGAGGUCCUACUGGUGUGGAACUUGCUGGAGAGAUAGCUGUUGAUUACCCAGAUAAGAACGUUACUCUAGUGCACAAAGGAUCAAGGCUGCUGGAAUUCAUUGGGGCAAAAGCUUCUGAGAAGUCUCUAAAAUGGUUGAAAUCAAAGAAUGUUGAGGUGAAACUAGCACAAUCAGUUGAUUUGAACAAUGCCACAGAUGGACGUAAGAUAUAUCAAACUUCACUUGGAGAGACCAUCGAGGCAGAUUGUCAUUUCUUAUGCACAGGGAAACCGCUUGCUUCAGCUUGGCUAAAAGAUACUGUGUUGAAGAAUGACUUGGAUUUUCAUGGAAGGAUUGUGGUGGACGAAAAAUUGAGAGUCAAGGGUCGGGGUAACGUUUUUGCCGUUGGAGAUAUUACAGACAUUCCAGAAAUCAAGCAAGGGUUUUUGGCACAGAAGCAGGCUGAAGUGGUUGCAAAGAACUUGAGGCUGAUCAUUGAGGGAACAAAAGAAUGUGGGAUCACUGGGAUGGAAACUUACAAGCCACAUUCAGUAUUGGCAAUAGUUUCACUUGGGAGGAAAGAUGCGGUGGCACAGGUCCCAUUAAUGACAAUUUGUGGAAGAAUUCCUGGCAUCAUCAAAUCUGGAGAUUUAUUUGUUGGUAAAACAAGAAAACAUAUGGGACUCAACCCUUAAGUUUUGCUAGCUUGACUCGAUAUUAUGCAUGGUGUGGAUACAAAAUCAAUCUGUUUCGUAGUUUGUGUACAAUAUUGGUAUAUCUUCAGUUUGUUCUUAUAUGUAAAAAGGGCAAUCUGGUGCUAUAAAGCUCCCUCCCUACACAGGGUUCAGGGAAGGGUCAAUAGUAGGUAGUCUUACCUAUGCAUUGGCAAGAGGCUGAUUACAGUAACAUGUGGACAAUAGCAACAGUUGUGUCUAGGGUACCAUAUGUAAAUUAUUUUUAUUCUGAUAAAGGGGUGUUUCUUGAGAUGUGAUUGUGUGAGUCAGAAGAGGGAUACAGAUAUUACUAUUGAACUAUUGUAGCAUUGACAUAUUUGGUUUGAUAAAUUUGAUUGGAUGAG